AUGGAGCAAUUACUACAGAAGGCCGGGUCGCAGGCAGUAACGUUUGCGAUCCGCUCGGGGAUUUCGAUUGCAAGCGGGUAUGCUUUCAAAACUCUGUCUCAAUUCAUAGAUACGGUGCCUCGAGAAGAUACGAGUGAGCUAGAUCGCAUUCAAAACCGACUUGAGACCAGCGUGAAGGUCUUGAUCCCAGCAAUUGACCUGAUCGAGCUGAUUUCUAGUCGUGGCCACACCUCUCUAGAGUAUACGUUGCAGCUCACGCGCGAUCUGCGGAAGGAUAUAGACCAGUUCCAAGCCCGUGUGGAAAGCGAGUAUGAGACAAUCCGCGAAUCGAAGAACACAGAUUUGCGACGCACUGCAGUGGACCGGGUAGGCGGGUUCUUGAAGAAUCUGCUGCAACGAGUCGAGGAAGCUAUCCCGCUCAUUACCCUUGCUUUGACUACCUCCGGAGCCAACCUUACAGCAAGUUUACCAGACUAUGUCUCGCCCGGUAGGUUUCUGCAAGCGGCAAACUUGUUGACUAGUGCCGAUUCAAGUUUUGAUGGCAAAAGCAAAGCUCUUGUUGGUCCUGUUUUCAGUCUUGUUUAUUACGAUAUUUUCUAUUCUUCGAAUCGAGUCCAAACGGGCCUUACGAAUAACGACAUUACGUGGAAAGAAGAGUUUGCAAAAUGUCGUGCUCAGCUGAUUCGUACGUGUUCUAAAGAGGAGUUCUCUUAUGAAUUGAGGUUAGAAGAGGAUUUCGAUGACGGCCGGUAUCACGAGAGUGAUGAAACCCCGCGGGUGGUAUCAAUUGACGUGCGAACUAUCACAAGACUAUUUUUCACUGCAUCCGGUCGUCUUCUAGAAAUACCGGAUUCCCAGUCACCUGUUCUUGUUUUAAAACUAAACAAACUAUUUCAAGAAGUCAAGUCAACAAAGGUCACAGCAGAGAGUGAAUAUAAUCCACAGGAAAACGUCGAAUGGAUCGCCCUGGAAACCCACUUUGAAUCGACCUCUGAUAGUUCUGAUGACUCCAGUGAUAGCGAAAGUGAUAGCGGUGACGAGCUUGCGGCAAAGCUUUCGGGGUUGAACAUUUCAGGGCGACGAACAGAGGCGCUGUCUGUACUUGAGUAUUUGCUCCGGUUAGCCGCUCUCCAGGCUAACGAUCAAAAGUCAAUGUAUGAGGUUCACGAUGAGCGGCUGAGUCUUUAUCUACGUGAUGAUUCUCAUGGACGAAACAACUACGACAGCGAUCGAUCAGACUACUUUGAAGAGACCCCCAGAUCUGUUCGUCGGAAUCGUCGAGAGUCCCCGUUCACAACUCCCUCCAGCACCAAGCAUUCCAGCCGCGAAACGCCACCAAUUACCCCCUGGGAGAGAGAUAGGUUUGCAAACCAGCCGAUUCUACAGCCAGACGUGCAGAGCGAGCUUUCGCGAUCACCAUUCCGGGAUAGCCCAGUCAAGAAUAAGUCUAGAAAUCGAAAAACAAAGAAUCUAUAA